UGCCAGUCCUGACGGCACCGCUAGAUAGUCAAAUUCUAGAAAGAAGAGCACCGAUGGAUAACAUUUGAGAAAAGGAGGAAGAACAACUGAGAAGAAGCGAGAACAUGGAGGAAAAGGCAAAAUCUGAAGAGAAGAAGAUCGGCAUGAUCGAGGCUUGGUUGAGGAAGCAUCGUCUUGUCUACACCGCAGCCACCAGACACCCUCUUAUUCUUAGCAUUCGUGAUGGCACCAUCCACAUUGCUUCCUUCAAAACUUGGCUGGCACAAGAUUACUUGUUCGUUAGAGCGUUUGUCCCAUUUGUUGCGAGUGUGCUGAUUAAAGCUUGGAAGGAAUCAGAUGACAGUGCUGACAUGGAAGUCAUAUUGGGGGGCAUGGCUUCUCUGGAGGAUGAGAUUUCGUGGUUUAAAAAAGAAGCCAACAAGUGGGGUAUUCCAUAUUCUGACGUUGUUCCUCAGCAGGCAAACAUAAACUAUUGUCGGUUUCUGGAAAGUUUAAUGAGUCCAGAUGUGGAAUAUACUGUGGCUAUUACAGCGUUUUGGGCCAUUGAAGCAGUGUAUCAAGAGAGCUUUGCCCACUGUAUUGGAGAAGGCUCCGAAACCCCAGCAGAGCUGAAGGAGACUUGUGCAAGAUGGGGCAAUGAGGGUUUUGGUCAGUAUUGCCAAUCUCUUCAAAAGAUUGCCAAUCGGCGCUUACAAAAGGCUUCUGACGAUGAACUCAAAAAGGCUGAAGUUGUAUUACUGAGUGUUCUUGAGCAUGAAGUUGAGUUUUGGAACAUGAGCCGUGGAAAUGUCUGAUUUUGUUCAAGAAACCAUACUUUGAUGUAUGCAUAAAAUAAUCAAAGCCUGCACAACUUGUUCUGUUUGGCCAUUUACAGCGUAAAAUAUUGUAUGAAAUAUCUAUUACCUAGAAGAAUAAUAGUGUAAACUAGAGCUGGGGAAAAUAAUAAAGGAAUGCUACCUCUUAGCAAAAUCUCAAGCACGUAGGUAGUGCAUGUGUUGGGAACCUCAUAUUUUGUUCAAGUCUCUCCUCCAUUCAUCUUAGCUUUUGUUUCAGCGAAAAGAAGAAA